AUUGUCCAAAUUGUCAAAACAAAUUCUAAUAAUCAUUUCAGAACAGAACACUCCCAACCCAACACUUCUGUUACAACCAGUGGAUGGAUACGAAACAUAGACACAGUCACCUAUACCAUAAAUAGUUUCACUUUUGUUUUUUUUAUUUCAAUCUUCUCCUCCUCUCUGUUAUACUAACUAAUGUGAUCUCAAUUCUCAACCUCUUUAUAUAUACAAAUUCAUUCAUCUCAUUCAUCUUAAAGCAGCAAUGACAGCGGAAUCGUCAACGAAAAUGGAUCAUCCGGAAGAAAAGUAUCCCGGAAAACUCACCUUUAGAGUCAUCAUCACUUGUGUCAUGGCAGCAAGUGGUGGAUUAAUAUUUGGUUAUGAUCAUGGUGUUUCAGGUGGAGUGACAUCAAUGGAUUCAUUUUUGAAAAGAUUCUUUCCGUCUGUUUAUGAACAGGAGGCAAAUCUAAAACCUUCUUCAGACCAAUAUUGCAAAUUCAACAGUCAGAUUCUAACACUGUUUACAUCUUCCCUUUAUAUAAGUGCCCUUAUUUCUGGUCUUGGGGCAUCAAACAUAACGAGAGCUUUGGGGAGGAGGGCAACUAUGAUUUUGGGUGGACUGUUCUUCGUGUCGGGUGCAUUACUUAAUGGAUUAGCCGUGAACAUGGCGAUGCUUAUUGUUGGUAGGUUGUUGCUUGGUUUUGGCAUUGGAUGCGCCAAUCAGUCUGUUCCAAUCUAUGUCUCAGAAAUGGCACCUUAUAAAUACAGGGGAGGUCUAAACAUGUGUUUCCAAUUGUCAAUUACUAUUGGUAUAUUUUCAGCAAAUCUCUGCAACUACUACUUUUCAAAGUUACUGAAUGGUGAAGGAUGGCGAUUAAGCUUGGGGCUAGGUGCUGUACCUGCGGUGAUUUUUGUUGUAGGCUCAUUUUGUCUUCCUGAUUCCCCAAACUCACUUGUUGCACGUGGUCAUCAUGAAGCUGCAAGAAAGGAGCUUGUGAAAAUUCGCGGCACUAAUGAUGUUGAUGCAGAGUUUAAAGAAAUUAUUACUGCUAGUGAAGCCUCGGAUAAAGUGAAACACCCUUGGAGAUCAUUGUUUGAGAGAAAAUAUAGGCCACAACUUGUUUUCGCCAUAUUGAUUCCUUUCUUUCAACAGUUCACUGGAUUGAAUGUGAUCACAUUCUAUGCUCCCAUUUUAUUCAGAACAAUUGGUUUUGGAAGUCAAGCCUCACUCAUGUCUGCGGCAAUUAUUGGAAGCUUUAAACCUGUUUCCACUUUGAUUUCAAUGUAUGUUGUAGAUAAAUUUGGACGACGCGCCCUUUUCAUUGAAGGUGGUGCUCAAAUGUUAAUUUGUCAGAUUCUGAUGACAAUUGCUAUUGCUGUCACAUUUGGCACAAGUGGGAACCCUGGGAAACUACCUAAGUGGUAUGCAGUUGUUAUCGUUGCGAUAAUCUGUGUAUAUGUUUCAGGUUACGCUUGGUCUUGGGGACCUCUAGGAUGGUUAGUACCUAGCGAAAUAUUUCCUCUCGAAAUUCGAUCUGCUGCUCAGAGUGUCACAGUUAGUGUCAACAUGAUCAGCACUUUUUUCAUAGCUCAGUUCUUCACUUCAAUGCUUUGUCACUUCAAGUUCGGUUUGUUCAUCUUCUUUGGAUGCUUUGUGGUCCUCAUGACUUUCGUCAUCUACAAGUUUUUGCCAGAAACAAAAGGUAUCCCACUUGAGGAAAUGAAUAUGGUUUGGAAGAAACAUCCCUAUUGGGGAAAGUUUUUGGAGGCAGAAAAUAAGAAACAAGUUUCCAUGACAGAAAGCAGAGGUUGAACUGUUAGUUUUGUGUUUCUAUUUCAAGAAAAUAAUUGCACUUAGAAUCUUCAUUAUUUGCUUAACUGCAUUUGAUUAAUGUCAGUUAUGUUUUACAAUGUGAAGUAGAACUCUUUCACUUUCAGUUUUAUGGCAGUUUUUUUCUGUUA